GAAAACAGUCUGCAUAAGGCAGAGUUGGAGUCUGGCUAUCAAGGCAGACAGGCAGCAGGAAAUUGCAAGGCUGGAAAAUACAAAUCAAAGAUAAGAAAAGGAGAUCUGCUGAAUAAGUAUGGCAUGCCUUAAGAUCGUCUGCGUGUUCCUUAUAAUAACUUUCCCCUUGUGCCUAGCAAGAUAUACAACUUCUUAUUCAGACUUACCAGCAGGCAGCGGAGAUGGAGAACUUGUGACAGCGAUGUCUCCUAAUCAGAGCCACGAUCUUAUCAACCUUACAACAGAAGGUCCAGGGUCAUUUUCUAAUGGAACAGCGAACCAUGUUAAUAUAUUUGACAAAAUAACAAAAUUCCUUAAAGAAUACAUGUUGCUUGCCAUUGUAGUUGGUACCUUAAUUAUAAUGUUGAUAUUUGUAGUGUGUGGUGCUAUAAUUAUGAGCCACAAACACAAGGCAUCUGCCUACUACCCUUCUUCAUUCACACAGAAGGAGUAUGUCAAUCACAAAGAUAGAUCUGGUGGGACAAAGGCCUUUAAUGAAAUUCCAGAGAAAGCUCAGGAUGCCAAGGCUGAAGAAGUUCAAGACAGUAGUAAACAGCUCCAGGCGGACAUCCUUAAUGUUGCUCAGAACUUAAAAUCCCCAGCUAAAGGUGGUAGCAACAAAGAGGAACACAAAAUACAAGAGGAAACCAAUGAUCCCAAAGUGGAGACUACAACUGAAGACAAAAAUGGGGCUACUAAUGAUAACACUCAUGUAGAAUCUCCCUCUGGAGAAGCGGAAGAAAAUCAAAGUGAGCGUGCAAACGAACCAAACCCUACUAACUGCCCUGAGGAACCUGCUGCUAACUUAGGCGAGCAGAAGAAUCAAGAGGAGGUAAUUGAAGUUGUGGAUGAGACCAACCCACACCCAUGUGUUCCUCCUCUAGCAGAAAACAGCCCAUGCAAUGAACAAGAAGCACAGGAAUCUCAUCAGCAGCCUUCAGAUACAUGUAGAGUUUAAACAAAGGGUUACAUCUAAGAAAUUAACUAUUUUAUUCAUGCAAAAAACAAGGACCUGUAGGGCAAAUAUGUUCACCUUGUUCAGCUGGUCAUAACAUCAGAAGAACCACACACUCAUCCAGAUAGAUAUUUUAUACAAACCUGUAAAAACCUCAAACACAAAACUAGAGCUAAAGCUUUGGCAAUGUUUUAGGAAGACAAAAUGUUUUCCCAAACAUCAUUACUGCUCAUUACCCACCCAGCAGCAAUAUUCUUUAUCCUAAAAAUGAUAGUAGGCUAAGGCAAAUUGAACUCACUUACCUCUGGGACAAAAUUAUCAUUGACAUUACCAAUAAAAUAGUUAUUGUAUGAAUUUGUCAAUGUCAAAAGCAUUCAUGAAGAUUACAUGGCAGUUUAACGUUUUUCUCCUGAAUUAUUGUUAACAUAUAAGUGUAGAAGGAUGUACACAUACUGGCUGAUACGGGUAAAGAAGACCUUGCUCAUUACAACUUACAAUAUAAAAGCAAAUGUGGUAUUCGAAAGAAUGAAGUAAUCCACCUUGAAAAAAAAAUACCAUGGGGUAAAAUAAACCUGUUAGCCCUGCAGAACCAGAGUCAGCGCAAUCAUAUCUAACCUCAGCCUGUUGCCAAACUACACUUCUCAACAGCUAAAGAUUGACAGUGAAUGUGAGGAAUUGAAACCCAUCAGGGCAAAAAGUGAUGCCAAAGGGGUCAAAUGUACAGCAGUUAAAAAGGACUGUAAUUAAAUGACUUGUGAUUGUCCCCAAAAACAGACUGUGUACAAAAGCUUAUUUCCAUGUUCAGAGGACAAAUAGUAAAACCUAGUGUUUUUGUAUAUUUCACAGGAUGGAAGGCUUCACCUUCAGAACAGUUAUGCAAGUUUUUUUUAAGUUUGUUGUUAUUUGCUUACUUGCGUUGAUUCCUUAUUCGUUUUCAUUAUUGUAAUUUGUGUUACAGAGAACAUAAAAAGAAAUGGUAAAGAUAAGCCUGCAAAUAGUGAUAUAAGUGAUAUUGUUUUAGAUUUGCAUAAGAUCUAUUUUUUCACAGAUAAGACAGCAGGGAGUGUGAUCUCGGGGAGCUUGGCAGCAGAAUGGGGAGCCUAUAGUGUAGGGCUAACAUUUCAUAGUGUUUUAGCUUUUUGUUUUUUCCCAAUGAGUUCAGGGCUACUUUAGCAUGGGGUAAACAGGACAUUUGUCCUGGUGCCACUGAUUAGAGGAAAAGUUUGAUUUGUGUAAUGAAUUGAAUUUUUAAUAUUUGGCAGUGAUAGUCAACCUGCGACUUUUAACAUUUUGAGGGCCACAGCUAGAGCACCCCUGAUUAAAUAUUUAAUUUUUCUAAA